AUGCCGCCCGAACGACAGCCGCGCACACAGCGGAUUGUUCGCGUCCGCACAGGAUGCUGGUCCUGUCGACGUCGUAAGAAGAAGUGCGACGAGACUCGGCCGAUCUGUGCGGGCUGUCGACGGAACGAUCUACAGUGCGAGUGGCCCUUGACCUCGAGCGAGAGGAGGAUCUCAAGUGCAACCCACGAUGCACAGGGACUUUUCUCCACAGAUCGAAAAUCGAGCCACGCUAGCUCGGGGGAAGACCUCGAUGGCAUGCAAUUACCCGCGAGUCCGAUGUCUGCGCGCCAUUCAUCGUGUUCGUCGAGCGCGGGGCUUUCCGCGGUCUUCGAGGAGCCGCUAGCACAAGCACAAGUGCCAGUGACAGUGCCUGUGCCCAUCAUCGAGGAGAUUGUCGAGGAUGUUCCGAUCGCUUCGAGCGAGGCUGAAAAUGCCAUCGCUACCAGUCAGGCUAUUGGCCACGUGCUUCCCAGAACCAUGUCCAUGUUACCAGGGUAUGACCCCGAAAGCUAUGGCCUGCUAUCACACUAUCUGUCGAACACAGCCGAUGUCAUGGCCAAUGGGACAACACCCAUCAAUCCGUUCCUCGUACAGAUUGUACCGCUAGCGUUCAGCAGCGACCUUCUGUUACAGCUCGUUAUUGCUCAGAGUGCGGCUCAUCGCGCCUUUCGACGAGGCGAUGACUCUGACGCCGUCGCAAGUUCACACUACACAAAAGCUAUUCAAUUAUUUCGACAUGGAGUGAGCGACUUCAUCGAGGGCAAAGAGUCCAAUCCAUUGAUGUUGCUGGUGGGGGCAUUGCUCAUGUGCUUCACGGAGACUGCCAAGGGUGACAUGACUGGCACGGUAUUUGAUCAUCUAUCCGCUGCCCAUACAUUACUCGUGAAGCUGUUGGAGCAGAGCGACACGGCCGUUCCGCGAGAACUCAAAGACUUUGUCAUUGAAUACUACGUCUACACUGCGACCGUCAGCAUGAUCUCCAUCGAUGCGCGUCUCAGCGGCCAACUUUUUCUGAACUUUGACCUCGAGCAACGCGCUCGUGAUAUUCUUCGCACUCAAUAUGUGGGCAACCUGUGUGGCUGCUGGCUGGAAUUGCUUCUGCUCAUACCAUGUAUAUUUGACCUGGGCCGCCAAUGGAUGAUGGACGACGCCCCAUCUACUUUACCGACGGCUGAUGAGAUGGCCAUGUUUGCCUCGGUUCAAGCCCAGAUCCUGCGUUGGUCGCCAUACUCAUUUGUUGAGCCAGAAGUCUAUUUAGCUGGCUUUGUGUUCCAACAAGCCAUGCUCAUCUACCUGUACACUUCAUUGGGAGGCUACACCUACGCUCCCGAUGGAAUGUACAGAGGUCUCGUUCAGACGGCCGUCACAGAAGCCUUGUCCUACCUGGAGAAAAUCUCACCGCAAGCGCGAAUCAACUCGGGGCUAUGUUGGCCUAUUGCCGUCGUAGGUUCGUGCUUGGAGCACCCUGAGCAGCAAGACUCUAUGCGGGCCCGAUUAACCGCAAUGGCAGAGCAUUUUGGACUGGGCAAUAUGCAGCGGACCCAGCUUCUUCUCGAGGCCAUGUGGGAGUUGAGCCCAGCAGACGCGGGGCCAUGGAACAUAUGCCGGACAAUGCAGGCCAAACAGAUUUGGAUCUCUUUUGCUUGA